UCAUGAUAAUAUGAUUGAUCUAUAUAAAAGAAAUGGAAGAAUAUUCGGAACAGGAUAUCCAGAACCUAACUUAUGGAUUAGUGAACCAGAGCUCUUGAAGUACAUCUUAGUAAAGGAUUUUCAUAUAUUCCGAAACAGAAUAAAAUUUGAGUUUGGAGAUCCAAUGCUUGAUAAAAUGUUAUCUGUACUUACUAACGAAGAUUGGAAGAGAAUUCGAAAUUUCAUGAGUCCCGCUUUUACUAGUAGCAAGAUAAGAAAAAUGACGUAUCUAGUUAAGCAAUGUACAGAAACUUUAUGUAAGCAUUUCGAAGAAAUGGCUGAGAAAGGAGAAGAAUUUGACUGCAAAAAAUAUAUGAGUGCAUUCAUUAUCGAUGUUAUAGCAUCUACAGCUUUUGCCACCAAAUUGAACGCACAGGAAAAUGAAAAUAGCGAAUUUGUGAAAUAUGCACGAAUGGUUUCAAACAGGGAUUUUCCAAAGUUAAAACUUUUGGCAUUUUUGAUUGCGCCGAAGAUAGUUCGUUACUUCAAGAUAGAAAUUUUCCCCCGUAAGGUAUUGGAUUACUUCAGGAAUGUAAUUUUGAAAAUUUUAGAAGAAAGAAAAGAAAAGAAAAUAAGAGGUAAUGAUUUUCUUCAGUUAAUGAUGGACGCCCAAGAAGGGAUUCUCGAAAAUAGUACUGAAGAUUUGAAAGAAGCUUCAAACGAAAUAAAUAAUUACCAGGUGCAACAUAAACACAAAACCAUGACGAUUGAUGAAAUUGUAGCUCAAAGUAUUUUAUUUUUUAUUGCUGGGCACGAUACGACAACUACAGUGUUAACAUAUUUUUGUUACCAAAUGGCAUUAAAUCCAAAAUUGCAAGAGAAACUGCUAAGAGAAAUAGAUGAAACGUGGCAGCAAUAUGGUGAUAUAAAUUUUGAUAUUCUUUCCAAAAUGCCUUAUCUUGAUGCUGUUUUAAAUGAAACAUUAAGAAUACAGAACCCGGCAGUAAUGUUGACGAGAGUAGCCGCUGAGGAUUAUAUUCUACCUAAUACUGGAAUAAAAAUUAAAAAAGGAAUAUCUGUUGUAAUGCCUGUUUACGGUAUGCAUCAUGACUCUGAAUGGUUUCCAGAACCAGAAAAAUUUAAUCCCGAAAGAUUUUUACCAGAAAACAGAAAUUUAAUCCAACCAUUUUCAUUUUUACCUUUCGGAGAUGGUCCUCGACAUUGUAUUGGAAUGAGAUAUAUCAAUAUGGUUAUGAAGUUGGGUAUAGUUCACCUCUUGCGCAAUAUGAGACUAGUCGCUACCGAUGAAACAAUGGUAAAUAAUUAAUGUUAAAUUGCAUUUAUAUAGAUUUAUAACAUAAUAAUCUCAUAAUUUUAUUAUAUACACAAACAUGCUUAUGUAUACAUAUAAUUAUUGUAAACAUACUGAAUAUUACUAAUAGUAGAGAAAGAAUAUAUAUAGUAAGAUAUAAUUAUUCUAUAGAAAAACCGGGGCAGAACAGAAUACUUAAGUUAUUAUUCUUGAACCUUGUCUUUGUAAAAUAAUAAAGGAUACUCAUACACACUUGGGAAUGAACAAGUUUAUUUUUUAACUACUUGAAAACACAAUAUUUUUUCAAAACUACCAAAAAAUUAAACACGUCAGUUAUUAUGAUAUAAAGA